UAGAGAGGUUUUAGAGACAUGAACUUUGCACACUAUACUACUGCUACAUCAGUGUGAAAAGAGUUUGAUGAACUUAUUCCUAGUAAAAUCAAAUCAAAAUGAAGAUCACCAUAUUCAUUUUUCUGUUGGCUGCAUCUCUUCAGGACGGUAUUGCAGAAAGUCUGAGUCGUUUACAUCCAGCAUAUAUUUACAAUGUUGGAGUGACCAAAGUCCAUGAAGGCGGGAACAUCACCUUUAUGUGUGCAGCUGAUAAUAUUACAAAAAGCACAGGCAUAAUAGAUAUGUACCUUUUCAAGAAUGGUGAGAGAGUCAAGAGGGAGGCUUUUGAAGCUACAACAGAAUACAAUACAACAUUUAUCCUUACCGGGAUUACUGUAGAACAUUCUGGAUGGUACACAUGCCUUUACUCUGAAGAGAAUCUCCGUGUCAGUAGGACAAAUGCAAUUGGACACAACUCCGUCUCACUCGAGGUUUUGGGUAAAAUAUUACCAGGGAAGAUUGAAAUUACAGAAAAAGGAGAAACUUUGAAACUGACCUGCACCUUUACAAAAAUUCCAAACUGUACUGAAGUCUACGUUUAUCUCACUUUCAAUGGGAUUGGAAACAGCAAGAAGCGGGUGAUCUGCAGUCACACGACCAUUUUCACAACAUUUCAGCUUAUUUUUUCUGAAGAAAACUUUGGGAAAUACAGCUGUGUGUAUUCAGUGUCUAACUACAGUCUCAGUGAGGUGAGAAAUACAGGAGAAAACACCAUCUUUGUUAAAGAAAGUCUGGGCUGUUUAUCUCCAGCACGAAUUUACAAUGGUGGAGUGACCAAAGUGAAUGAAGGUGAAAACAUCACUUUGAAGUGUGUAGCUGAUAACCUUAAAGAAAACAAUAUAAUAUAUAUGUACCUCUUCAAGAAUGGUGAGAGAGUCAUGCUGCAAGCUAUUGACGCUACAACAGAAUACGAUUCAGUGUUUAUCCUUACCCAGCUUACUGUAGAACAUUCUGGAUGGUACACAUGCCUUUACUCUGAAGAGGAUCUCCGUGUCAGUAAGACAAAUGCAACUGGACACAAGUCUGUCUCACUCGAGGUUUUGGGUAAAAUAUUACCGGCGAAGACUGAAAUUACAGAAAAAGGAGAAACUUUGAAACUGACCUGCACCUUUACAAAAAUUCCAAACUGUACUGAAGUCUACGUUUAUCUCAGCUUCAAUGGGAUCGGAAACAGCAAGAAGCGGGUGAUCUGCAGUCAAAGACCUUUUCCACAACAUUUCAGCUUAUUUUUUCUGAAACAAUCUCUGGGAACUACAGCUGUGUGUAUUCAGUGUCUAACUACAGUCUCAGUGAGGUGAGAAAUACAGGAGAAAACACCAUCUUUGUCGACGCACACAAUACAAUAGAGGUUCACAUCUAUGGCCCAGACUGGGAGAGAAAUCUUCUCAGGCUGAUCUUCUCAGUUGGAGUGGUGAUCUUUGCGUGCUGCAUUAUUAUUUUUGACUUCAAGACACGUGUCCGUCCACCAGAACUACAGUAGAACUGGAUAUGUAAUGUCUGAAAUUGUGCAUUUUUUUAAAUAUAUAUAAAUAGACCGUAUAAUGAUGACUGAUAAAUGAAUUCUUCUUUGUUUUCUCUCUUUUAUGUAAAUA